AUGCGCAGUUUCUGUUUGUUGGUCUGUUUGGUUUCGGCCGCCGUUUUGGCUCAAGACAAUUGCUAUAUCAAUGAUAGUGGUGAGUUUUUACAUUUUUAAAAAUAUUGGCGGGAAAAUUUGGAGCAAAAUGAGUCUAGACACGCCUAGGGGUACUGUAGUGCCCAAAAUUUGCAAUUUUUUGAUACCAAAUAAGCCUAUGCUUGCUUGGUGUCGAAAAACGUGGAUUUUCCAGGGCCCAGAAAGCCUAAGGCCUUGAAUCCAGAGAAUUUGGAUACCCAGGCCUACUGUAGGCUUUUCUGGGCCAGAAAAUCCACGUUUUUUGACAGCAAAUAUGCCUAGGACCAAAAAUCGUGAUUUUUUGAAGCCUAGGCUUGUUUGGUGUCUAAAAACGUGGAUUUUCCAGACCCAAAAAAGCCUGAAGCCUAGAAUCUAGCUUUAGGCCUACAGUAGGCUUUUUUGGGCCCGAAAAUCCACGUUUUUUGACAGCAAAUAUGCCUAGAACCAAAAAUCGUGAUUUUUUGUGUCAGAUAUCAAAAAAUCGCAAAUUUUUUGCCAAAAAAAGCCUGAAGCCCAAAAAAACUCAAAUUUCCCAACUGUCAAUCAAAAAUCGCCGAAUCAAAUUAGACUUUUCUCUCUCCAAUUAAUUAAUUGAUGAAAUCUAAGCUUUAUCUCUUUUUUGGGCGAAAACUGGUCGUUAUCUAGAAAAUUUGUAGCUGGCAAUCCAAAAAAAAAAUGAAAAGCUAACCGAUUUCGCGUUUUUAUGUUCUAUGAUGAUAAAAAACGCAUAAAAUCUAGUUUGAUUCAAAAAUAAAAAAAAAUAAAAAAUAUAGUUCGCACCGGGGGUCGAACCCAUGACCCCGAGAUCAAAGAACGCGAGCGCUAACCGACUGAGCUAUGGGAGACGUUGGGAGAGAAGGGGGAAAUUGUCAAUAAAUAAUGGGGGGCUAGCGCGGAGAUAUAGAUUUUCCGCAAGCGGAAUCCUUCCGCGCGGAAGCCUAGGCAUAUUUAGGCUCAUUAAAUCGGCAAUUUCCAGGCUUCACAUGUUGCAACAAAGAACUCGAAGCAGCAAUGAAAGGCGCAAUGGCCGGAGAUGAUUUAUUAGGCGCAGCCGAUUCGAUUCAAAAAGGUGCCGAAGGAAGUUUGGGCGGCAAAUUCGAAACCGUCGUCGCUUUGGACGAUUUCGCCUACAAAUCCCAUUUCAAAGAGGGAAAAUCAUGCAAAAUCGAGAAGAACGGACAGUACGCCUUGGCGUGGCAACCAUAA